AUGAACACUGAAGGACAUUAUGAAAUUGUGCAGCAUGUUAUAAAACACAAUCAUCCACUUACUAGAGAACCAUUAAAUUACCUUCAUAGAUCUGAGCGUCAGAUGAGUGAUCCAAAGAAACAAACCAUACAAGCUAUGCAAGAGUGUGGACUGAGGCCGAUAGAUUCAUUCAGAUAUAUGAGUACAGAAGCAGGUGGUGAAGAUGUAUUGGGUCAUUCCAUGAAGGACCACUUCAACUGCUGUUAUAAACUCAAAAUAAAACCAAUUGAGGGAAAGGAUUCACAAAAAGUUGUUGAUAACCUUUAUGAGCAGAUGCAAACAGAUAGUAACUUCUUCUUUAGAGUAAGAUUGAAUGAUGAAGGAAAGGUUUGCUGCUUGUUUUGGAGAGACUCUAUGAUGCUUGAGGACUAUACAAUCUUUGGAGAUGUUAUGGUUUUUGAUACUACAUAUAGGACAAUCAAGUAUAAUCUUAUUUGUGCCCAUUUGUAG